AGGCGGCGCAGGCGCGGCGGGGCGCGCGGCGCUGCAGCGGCCGGAGAAGCGGGAGGCGGCGGCGGUGCCGCCAUGGCGGACGUCGAGGGCUUGGUGUCCGUGGACUACGAGGUGUACGGCAAGGUGCAAGGCGUGUUCUUCCGCAAGUACACCCAGGGAGAGGCUAAGAGACUGGGGCUUGUUGGCUGGGUCCAAAAUACCAGCCACGGCACUGUUCAAGGGCAAAUCCAGGGUCCAGCUGCCAGGGUGCGGGAGCUGCAAGAAUGGCUCAGGAAGAUAGGAAGUCCCCAGUCCCGUAUCAGCCGAGCAGAGUUCAGCAAUGAGAAGAAGAUCGAGGCGCUGGAGCACAAGGAAUUCCAGAUUUUGAAGUGACUUUGUCCAGGAAGAAGCAGUCUGGAGCAUGAGCUGCCUUCACGGAACAUUGCCUCUCUUCCUCACUCAUUCAGUCAGCCAAUGUUCAGCUCUAGAGAACUUUAUUUUAUUAAAUUUCUAAUUUAUUGUUUUGUUAGUUUGAUGCUCAGCUGUUCACAGAAUUCCAGCGGGUAGAGGAAAAGCUAUGUUGUCUCUGAUAAAGGGGCUGUUCAGGGCCAGAACCUCUGUUUACAAGUGUAUGUGCUUUUGGGAGUUGUACAUAAGAUAAGUCUGAAACUGGUAGAGUGCGGUGCUCAUGUGAAGGAAAUCAGAGGGUCAGUGCCGCUAGAAAACAUAAUUAAAAACAUUAUUUCUGUGUACUAAAUGUCUCAGAAACUAUUUUAUCCCAGAAGUUGAUAUUUUCUGUAGAAUAAAAUUGCUUGGAUUUCG